AUGUUCGGUGCACGUUAUAAACAACCACUUAAACCCUCCGGAUCUGCGCCUACCGCAGUCAAGGAAUGCAGAAUGACGCCACGGCACGCAGGAUGUGGUGUCACCGAGAAGCACGGGAUACUGGUUCAAUCAACAUUUACUGAGCAUCUACUUCGUGCCAUCACCGAGCUAGCAAAUAUGUAGAGCACCAGUCCUGAUUGCAAGGAGCGCUAUACAAGAGGAAUGACAGCCAAACGAUUAACAGAGGAGGCGGGGUUGCACGCAAAAAAGGGAGGGGCGAAUUUUUGUUUUGAGUUGUCAGGAAACUCAUAG